AUGAAUAUUUGCAUUGGAUCCUUGGUGUUUAUUAAACUGUUCGCUCUGCUUGUAUUUCCGCUCAAAGUGACAGCAGUGAAAGAAAACAAAGAUGAUACAGCAGUUAUGGAGCAACGCGAAGCUAUACCUUAUGUCGGAUGCAACUUUUCGCGGAUGGCAGAAAAAGGUAUGCCACCGUUCUUCGAUACUACGGAUGGCGGCAACACUUGCGAAGUGAACCUUAAGGAAGGCACCAAUAAGAUUAUUUUCGUGUGUCCCGGGAUAUCAAACCCCUGGGGUUGUCCAACGCAGGUGCUUCAUCAAGGGGAACGAGUGGACAUGGAUACUCUUAUGAAUCAGGUGACUAUUCGGACUCAAAUCUCACCGACUCAGCAGGACGUUGAGAUAUUCACAGCGAUUGUAAGCCAUCCCAUUGGAAUUUUUACCGCGGUUUGUACGUGCGAGCUCCCAGACGGCCGGCUGUAUAUCAUGAAAAUCAUUAACGGUGCCAUUGGCGCCAAAACUUGGACAUUGUUUUGGGUUUCAACAAUUCUAACUGCACAUUAUUUGUGGACCUGA